CGGGCGGCGCUUUACGGCCGAGCCUCGGGUUUUCCUCCUUCCACGUGGAGCGCCGGGCAGACGAGGCGGAGGAAGGAGACGGGCGAGGAGCAGCUCCUGCGCGGCAGACAUGAGGCGGCCCAAGUUGAAGAAAGCUAGUAAGCGUAUGACCUGCCACAAACGCUUUAAAAUACAGAAAAAGGUGCGAGAACACAACAGAAAAGUCCGGAAGGAAGCCAAGAAACGUGGGCACAAAAAGCCAAAGAAAGACCUCGGAGUUCCCAAUGCAGCACCUUUCAAGGAGCAGGUCCUUCGGGAAGCAGAACAAAGGAAACAAAGGCGUGAAGAACUAAAGAAGCAACAGAAGCUUGAUCGGCAGAAGGAGCUAGAAAAGAAACGCAAACAAGAAGCUAAUAAAAAGGAUGCUUCCAAAGUAAAGCUUUCUGAAAAGAAAUCAGCCGCUAAACAAAAAGCAAAGGCAAGCCGGCAGUCAGAGAAAAAGUCACAGAAAUUCUUUUGCAAGGAGCUUAAAAAGGUGAUUGAAGCUUCUGACGUAGUGCUGGAAGUCUUAGAUGCUAGAGACCCUCUAGGCAGCAGGUGCCCACAGGUGGAGCAACUUGUUAGUCAGAUGGAAGGAGAGAAAAAAAUACUGCUGGUUUUAAAUAAAAUUGACCUAAUACCGAAAGAGAACUUGGAGAAAUGGCUGGAUUAUUUAAACCAGGAACUGCCAACCGUUGCUUUUAAGUCUGCAAUGCAGCAAAAAGACAAAACUGUGCAACAGAAGAAUCUCACAAAAAGACGUAGUGCAUAUAUUGAUUUAUCGAGAUCCAGCUUAUGCUUUGGGAGCGAGUGCCUGCUAAAACUCCUUCGAGAGCACAGUGUAACUAAAGAUAGAGUUAUUCAGGUUGGUGUGGUGGGUUUUCCUAACACAGGGAAAAGCAGCGUAAUCAAUAGUCUGAAAGAGGUGCAUGCCUGCGACGUGGGACCAGUCAGAGGCCUCACUAAGUGUCUACAAAUAGUUCACAUCGACAAACAGAUCAAGAUGUUAGAUAGUCCAUGUAUCAUUGCAGCGCCUUCCAGCUCUGCUCUUGCUCUGGCACUGAGAAGUACUGCAGACAUUGAUACUGAAAAUUUAGUUGGUUCGGUAGAUGCUAUUCUGAAGCAUUGCAACAAACAGCAGAUUAUGCUGCACUACAUCAUCCCAGACUACAGAAACUCUCUGGAGUUCUUAACUCUGCUUGCUCAGAAGAGAGGUAUGCUGAAGAAAGGAGGUCUUGCUGAUACAGAAAGUGCGGCCAAACUAUUUCUGUACGAUUGGACAGGGGCCAAAGUGAGCUACUAUUCACGGCCUCCUCCAGCAUGGACUCUGUCACCACACCUCUCCCGUGAAAUUGUAGCAGCAGCACAACAGGCUUUUAAUCUUCAGGAUCUGGAAGAAGAUAACAGAAGUACCAUAAAAGGUAGCAAAUAUCCUAAUGAGGCAAGCAGCAUUGCCUUUCAAUCUCUUGGCUUCACUGAGGGCAUAAUAGAAGAGAGUGAACUGCCAGAGGAAGUAUUGGACCGGGAGAAGACAGAAGCGAGUGAAGAUGAGGAGGAAUUAACCGAAGGAGAAGAAGAGGAGGAUGAAAUAGAAAGUGAUGUUGAAGAGGAAAGCAACAGAACAGCAAGUGGCAAAACAACCUCUGAAGAGCUAAAAGCAAAUAAUGCAGACUUGAGGAAGUUACCUAGAGGUAAACAACUCAACAUAGAGAAGACCGGUGACCUGGAUGAUGCAUAUGACUUCAAUACAGAUUAUAUGUGAAGAG